AUGAGUUCCAUGAAAUCAUGUGUGCACUUGGAGUUUUGUUCGAAGAAAAAAAUGUCUACAAAAAAGUUGCUAGACAAAAUAAAACAACUCGAAUACGAAAUAUACGAUGACGACGAUUUGAUUCGGGAUAAUAUUUUGAAUUUAGUUGAUUAUAUAGAGAAAGACAAUACACCACCAAAAGUGAUACAUGCUGUCAUACAUUCUCUAUACCGAAUAUUUUUACCUCUUCUCUCUAAAGGCGACCUGCAACUACAGACACGCGAAUUGUAUAUUCGUUAUGUUAAUAAACUUAUUGACUUCCUUGGUCAUGCAGAACCUGGACUACAAAUUCCGUCAUUGAAAAUUCUACUUGAUUUAUUAAAAAGCGAAUCUGCGUUUCUUACCAUUUCUGCGGGAUCGUAUCAAUUCUCUAAUAACCAUUUCUUUCGAAUUGUUGAGGGCUUGUUGGAUAACGAAAACUUUAGCGAACCACUAAAAAACGAGUUCAUCGAAAA